AUGACGUCGACCAUAAUUAGCAAAGGAAUUAAUAAGCUUUCAUUAAACUCGUUGGGACCACCAACAGAUGAAGAUUUUAUACGUAAUAUAGACUAUGACGAAUUGGAGAAAAAGUUUCAUGUACGUAAAUACUACCCUCAAUUUAUACACAACGAAUUGGCGACGCCAAAUCUUAAGGAAAUGAUAGCCGAUAAGCCCAUCUAUGCCAAGGCGAACGAUCACUUGACCAAGGAGCAGAAACGGGAGCAGAUAAAGGAGCUCAAGCGGGCAUACAUGCGGGAGCAAAAACAAAUUAGAGAACAGGAAAACUUGCAAAGGAAACGGGAACCAGUGGCAAAUAGAUGGUGCAACGGAGCUGCUACACAGAGACGAGCAUCGAGGCCAGAACAGGGCACCGAGGACACGAGGAGACCCCGUCAGAUGCCAUACGAAGACGUGGGGGUGAUGAACGGCCAGGGGCCACAUGAUACCACCCAACACGAGUAUAAGUCGACGAUAGGGAACUUAAAAGGAUACUCACGUCAUCACUCCAAGCAUGAUAUGGGUUUCCGCAACCCAUUUGACUCGAACCAGUCGACAUUGAUCGAGAACGACCCCACUACGAGUGCGGUGAAAACACAUCGCCAGAACUCGAUUGCGGGAAAGUUGAUGAAUUUUAUCAAAGGCCGUCUGGACGACGAAUCGAGUGAUGACAACAAUUUGACGUUGAGCAAGUCGUACGACCAGACGAAGUCGUCGAUGACAACGACCCGCAAGAAACCCAAGCUGCACAGCUUUAAGACGAAGAUUAAUGAGUUGACGAACAAGAAGUAUACUGACAAUCUAGGUAUGUAUUUUUUGAGAAUAUUUUGA